CGGCCAGGUCCCGCCAUGGGGCCGCGGAUGCUGCCGCUGCUGGAGCCGGGCUGCCGACCGCAGGCGGGCAAGUGGUACCGGCUGGCACCGCGCGGUGAAUGGCCCCGCGGGCGCGUGGGCCACGGCUGCCUCUUCGUGCCGGGCGGGCCGGGCCGUGUGCUCCUCCUGGGCGGCGCCGACCCCGCGGGCGCUUUCGCGGACGCCCACUUCGUGGAGCUGGGCGCGCAUCUCUGGGCCCCGGCUGCCUGGACCGGACUGCGGCCGCGCUACGAGCACGCCACGUUCCUGUCCGCCUGCUGUCCCCCGCGCCUCUGGGUGUUCGGCGGCGCGCACCGGGCCGGGAACCGGAGCUGCGUCCAAGUGCUGGACCCCGAAAUAGGAACCUGGGAGAGUCCCGAGGUGAGGGGUGUGCCGCCGCUGCCCAGGACGUUCCACACCUCCUCGGCAGCUGUAGGGGACUGUCUGUAUGUCUUCGGAGGGGGAGACAAAGGAGCAGAGCCGGUUAAAGACCAGCAGCUUCACGUCUUUGACACAGUUGCUUUGACAUGGACUCAGCCUGAAACCUACGGCGAUCCCCCUUCUCCUCGGCAUGGACAUGUUGUUGUUGCAGCUGGGACCAAGCUUUUCAUACAUGGAGGUUUAGCUGGUGAUAUUUUUUACAAUGAUCUGUUCUGCAUUGAUACAACAGACAUGAAGUGGGUUAAGAUAGCAGCCACUGGUGAUGUGCCAGGAGGACGGGCCUCCCACUCGUCGGCUGUGUUUAAAGACCACUUAUACAUUUUUGGUGGAAUAGGUCCAGAUGGGACACUGGAUACUACAUACAAGUACCAUAUAGAGGAGCAGCAGUGGACACUCCUGCAGUUUGAUUCUCCUCUGCCCGCUGGGAGACUGGAUCAUGCCAUGUGUGUCAUUCCUUGGCGGGCUGGCAACAACGCUGACUCAGGAGCUGUCAGUAGGGAAGGUAAAGCUGAGCCAGCUGCAUCAGCUGGUGACAGAGCUGACCACCUGUGCAGAGGCCAGGAUGAGAAGACACGUACUGAAGACACAGUGAUGCAUCUGCUGUUAAUAUUUGGUGGGAUGGAUACUCAAGCAGAGAUAUAUAGGGACUGCAUUGUAAGUUUGAUUGAAUAGUCCAGCUGCAGCCCUUCACAGCACCAUCCCUUUCCUUACAAGUUUUCUGUAGCAGUGUCUGAUUAAGUUCACUAUUUCCAAUAAACAAAUUCUUGCCCUCAUAA